AUGCCAGGUGCUAUCUACUGUGCGGUAGCCAUCAGUCUGCCCACAUGCGCUAGGCCUAGGUACACCAAGUACCUGCUCUUGCGCCUGGCGAAAGCCUCCCCACGCAAGCGGAACCCCAUAUCCCUUCUCCGUGGGGUACGAGCCCGCCCGCGCCAUCUGGGGUUCUUGGUACGCCUGCUGCCAGCUGCCGUCUGCCUGUGUCUGCCGUCCUGGCCAUGA